ACUGUCCUGCCAUGGGAACGGACAGUUAUUUGCUUUAAUUUGCAACAGAAAAGCUUGUGGUGUGUAGUGACUGUUAGAGAAUGUUCUGUUUGGCCUUCUCCUGGCUGGUUUAAGUGAUAAAAGUGUCAUUAUUUAGCCUCUGAGGCAGAGGAGAGAGUGCAAACAAGACUGCAUGACCCUGUGUUAAGAGCCCCCGUUCUUCAGAUGCUCAUUAAAGGCCUCCAGGAGGACAGUGCAUCAAUUGGCAGGGCCGUCGAGCUUCCUCUUUGCCUUUUUUUUUUUUUUUUUUUAAAAAGUCGUUCUCAUCCCAGUCACCGGUCGACCGACGGCAAAAAUGGGCUCAAUUUAGAGCAAGAGGGACAUGAAAGAUGUCUCGCUGUGAGGUGGUAUAGGCGACUUAUUAAAACAGCAGGAAGAAGCUCUUGGACUUGAGCCCAAUAGGAUCUAACCCUGUAGCGCACUGACCGGAUUUGGAGAAAGUUGGAUUUACUUGAUUGGGUGCUUUGGAUUCUGUGUCUGGUGAACGACUUUAGUCCGUCUGAGAGCUUUGAUUGGAGUCAGUUUCUUAACUGAACGGCAGAAAAAUAAAAGAGAGACUUUCUCUCAAACUGCAGCUCAUUUAAGACGGAAAUGCAGGGCCGAUUUAUUGACUCCACGGUGAUGAACAUUAAUCUUAUGGAGUAUCCCCACAAAUAUGCUUUAGCACCAAAGCAGCAGGUGGAUGAUGCUCCAUCCUGUCCAAUCAGCCAAAGGCAGUUAAACGAGCCUUCCUGGAGCCGGGAAGCGGAGGACGGUGUGCGCACUGCUCAGGUAGCGAUGGGCUCGCCGAGAUACUACAGCCGCGGGGCCCGGGGGAACACGAAGGCCAAGCGGAGGAGGAUCAUCACGGUGGUCCAGCGGCAGGCGGCCAAUGUGCGGGAGAGAAAGCGAAUGUUCAGUCUGAAUGAGGCGUUUGAUGAACUAAGGAGAAAAGUUCCCACAUUCGCAUACGAGAAGAGGCUGUCCCGUAUCGAGACGCUGCGUCUGGCCAUCGUCUACAUCUCCUUCAUGAUGGACCUGCUGGAGAACACCUGAGACAGAACAGCUCAGCUUUAUCUAUGGCAGACUGAACUAGACUGAAAGCGCCACUCAACCCACCAAUGACACGGACAUAAAUGAGCAGCUGACUUUCAUAUGUACCUUUCAGGCCGUGUAUGGACCAACAAGAGGGAUUCUGUUAAGAAAUGUCAGAUUUUUUGUGGCUGUAAAAACACAUACAUCGUUGGAGAAAGCUCACUAGGUCAGUGAGAACCAAGAUAUCAUUAGUUGCAUGUGAAUCGAUGUUGCUUGAAAAUAAAAGUAACCGCUAUGGUCAUGUUUGUGUUGUUUGCUUGGACUACCACGACAAAGAAAGCAACGUGAAAUUUAAUUUUGACUUACCUUACUAAACUUAAUAAGACCAUAAUGUGUUGGAUCAAAACAUAUUUACAUUGUCGCAUUUAAUAGAUCCGUUAAGAGGAGAUAUACAUGAAUGUCAGCAUUUUAUGGUUGUUGUUAUGCAGCUCGGAAGCUGUGUGUGGUUUUCAGCACCGUGGAGAGCUACCGAGGCGCGCGCCUCACCUGGCCAAUUUUAAGGGUGUGGCAAAAAAAAAAAGCAACUCGAGGUUUUCCUCACUCAGAAAGCGAGAGCACAUGAAUCAGGAUUGUUUUCUCCUUGAAGGCCAAAUAUCCUCAAAAGACUUUAAAGGUGGAUCUGAAUCACAAAUCCAGGGAUCACGGCAUGAAACUGCAGAUUAUCUUUGUCACUAAGGUGUAAAUUGAGUUAUUCAUGGAGGUGAGAUGAAGGUAAACUGAGUGACAAAAAACACCACCCACACCAGAUGCCCUCUUUCAGUCCUGGAUUGAUGGAAGAGGCAGAGCUGUUUAGCGCUGGGGGACAGUGUCUCCACAAGAUAGCGGGGCUGGGCCCUCUGUGGUCCUCUUGUGUCAUCCUUCCUCAUCACAAGUGAGGCUUCUCGGUGGGCCAUUCACACCACAGACCACCUCCAAGAAGUUGCCAGGUCUAGUUUCAACCACAUGAAGACGUAUUUUUUGUUUCUGGACUGGGAUAUUAGAUCACAGCAGAGCAGGCCACUGUGCUGGGUGGUCAUGUGUGCGUAUUUCGACUCUGUGUGAGCCAGCGAAGGGCUUUUUUCCUCUCUCCUCGGUCCAUCUUUAUCACGUCCGGUAUUUGCGUUGUGCUCCAGCCGAACACCGCCUUUCAGCGUCCCCGCUGUGAGCACGGAUCCGCCCUGAGAGCUCCCUGUGACGGGCCGUCUUUUAAACCUGAGCCGCGGUGCCGAGAUCCCUGCGGGAGUCAGACCCUUUAAGUGCAUACCUCAACCGCGAGGCCGUUGACGGGAAAAUAAACAUACAGGUCUACUGGAGCAGCGACCUCCUGCUGUGACAGCCUCCUGUGUUUUUCAGUGGGCCUGAUCACUGCUCCCUUCUCAAACGCCUGCACAGAAACACUUUAAUGUUUAAAACUAGAGGAAGAGUUCUGUUGUGUGUCAGUGGCUUGAAUUAUUUUCAGCAAGAGGGGAAAAGCAUGAAAUUUCCACACACGAUGACACAGCGGUAAAACUGCUGGGCGAUUUCCAUUUGUAAGUUUUAUUGUCAGUGACGCAAACAGUGGAUAAAGUCUGUGCAGAAGAUCUGGAAAAACAACAAAACCUGCUAUUCAUACUUAAAAAAAAUCCGACCCUGAAACUAAAUAAUAAAUAACACAG